UUAACCCCCUCCUCUGCUCAGACGGUGUGAAGAGGAGAAGGACAACGACAGGUCGAGCGGGGGCUUCGUUGCAUCAGCCGCUGUCAUCCGCACACAGAAUGGCGGCCGCCGCCGCAGGGUUUCGUGCCUCUUACCACCGGUUCCUGGACCGAAUCGAGGUCAUGUUGCCGCCCCGGCUGCGUCCCUUGUACAACCACCCGGCAGGUCCUAAAACAGUGUUUUUCUGGGCCCCUAUUAUGAAAUGGGGCUUGGUAUGUGCUGGAAUGGCUGAUAUGACCAGACCAGCAGAUAAACUCAGCACAUCACAAUCUGCUGUGCUAACGGCCACAGGUCUUAUCUGGUCGAGAUAUUCUCUAGUUAUUAUUCCUAAAAACUGGGGUCUCUUUACAGUUAACUUCUUUGUUGGCUGUGCUGGAGGCUCUCAGCUAUACCGUAUAUGGAGAUAUAACCAAGACCUAAAAGCCAAAGAACUGGAGAAGUAGAAAUUCAAGCUCAGCUCCUCAGAUCUCAUCUGCAAAGCAACUUCCCAAGGGACCUAGAUUUAAUCUUGUUCAUUUUGCCCUGUGUGAAUUUUUACUAAAGUUGGUAGAGCAUGUUUUUUUCUAUAAGUUUAGAAAGCAGUUUCUUUACAUGGAAAUAAAACCUUCUACUAAACAAUAAAACCUGAAGCUACGUAA